AGUUUUGCGAAUAACACGCAUACAAAUAAAUAAAUAAAUAAAUACACGGCGAUCAAAACAUAACCUUCCGGCAUUUUCAAUGCGAAGGUAAUAAAUAAAUAAAUAAAUAAAUAAAUACACGGCGAUCAAAACAUAACCUUCCGGCAUUUUCAAUGCGAAGGUAAUCAGAGUAAUUAAUACAAUAGUGAACAUAUUACAUUGACACAAGUGUACAUAUCUGCUAGAAUAAAUGCCCCUUGACCUUUUAGGCAUAAAAUAAAACAACAUUUUUGAUUUUGAAUGAGAGAUUUUGAAUCAGUGAUUGAGAAAUGCAUCUAUAUUCAUAAAUCAGGGAAGUAGAGUUGGUGGACUGCGAGUAUCCAAACGAGGUUUCUUGUCAUAAGUGGUUCCAGGAAUGCGUCACUUCAUUCAUUCCACAGCGUGUCUGCUCACGUUGAGACCUGCCACCUCACAACAGAGCUCCCCUCAGAGUGCUGAGGUCGGGCGUUCCUCCACACAACAGGUCCUCUGCAUGAUGAAAGUGAGACGUUUCCCCUCGGACGUGGAGACUCGGCGUGCCGUCGGCUGGGUGUCCAUCCUGUGGUUCACUGCAGCGGUCAGCAGCGCCGCCGGCCAGGGUGUGACGCUGCAGACCACCUCCCAGGUGGCCGCUCGGUGUGGAGAAAACCUGACAUUGACAUGUGAAGCCGGCUCAUCGCGCCCGUUGGAUAUUAAGUCAUUUUCCUGGCUGGCUAAGAAUAAAAGCGUGUGUGUCGCGGACGUCCCGUCCGACUCUGAGUUUGUGUGUGACAGCGCGGUCCAGCUGCUGGUCCACAGGCUCAGUGUGACCCUCCUCAACGUGAUGCCGGCCCACCAGGGGGAAUACCUCUGCAAGCUCCACUCCACUUUUGGAGCCAAGCACAGCACAACUACAGUUACAGUACAAGACUGCCUUGGAAGGUAUGGCUCCUCUAUUAAGAAGGCUUUCGCUCAGUGCUGGUUCAGUGGAGUUUACCCCAUUGGCACCGUCCACUGGUUCCAGGACAAGGAUAACUUCACACUGUCAGCCAGCACACGGCAAGAAGUGGACGAUAACGGGCGGUACAAUGUCUCGAGUUCAAUAGAUAUAAAUGAGGGGAACCCGAAUCAGCCGUAUGAAUGCUCCCUGUGGAUACCCUCUGCCAGGAAGACGCUCAUCAGUCUCAUGGUUCAUCCCAUUGGGAAACAAGAGACCCAGUCCUCAGGAAGAAAGGUCCACCUGCAGUGGAUCUGUGUACUGGUGGGAAUCAUGACAUUCAUGAUAUGACGGAAACUAAUAAUACAUUUAAUUACAUUUUUGUACAUUACUUUGUCAAACCUUCACUUCAUCCUGAUGGCCAGAAGGUGGCAGUCUUCCCAUGUAGGACAAAUAAGGAAAAGCGUAUUUACUGCCUUUUAUUGUACGUUCUUGAAAUGAGCGUUUAAUCAGCCUUCUGGGUUUACUACAAAUACAUGAGAACUGAAGCAGAUGACAUUUAGCCACUAAUUCUCAGAGAUAAUUGCAAAGAUCCUGAAAGAAGACAUGAUGUUAUUUGAAUAUUUAGCUGACGAGCAAUACAAAUGAUAUGAUAUUAAGUUGAAUAGUGUUUUCCAUUCAUGGCUUAAGGACAUUGAUCUAAAACACAGCUACUGGAGGUGCAAAUAAACCUAAACAAACAAAGUCAA